UGAUCAUAUUAUAUGAUAUGAUCUUAAUAUUAAUCGAUCAUUUCAAAUUCACUGUAGUCAAAAAUUAUUUAAUGAAUCCGCCAAUCAAGUUGAGAAUUAUCAGCAUGUAUAACCAUUUUAAAAUUCUUGUCUAUGAUUGGUCAAUUUGCUCAAGUUUUACUGUUUAUAUUUUUCUAUGCGUUACUAGCUUUAACAUCUUUCUUAUGUAUUUUCCUUUCUUUCUAGAUUUAUACAUAUUGUAGUUCGAUGACAAAAGAAACAAUGAAAAUGGCUUGCAAACCGUAGUUUUUAGGGGUUAAUUUCAACUUUUCUUUUAUUUUUGAGAGGUUAGAUUCGAUUUCGAGAGCAGACGAUGGGCUGAUUCAAGCGCUUUACGUAAUGUGUACAGAACACGUGUUUUCACACCGGCUUACAUCAUUCGCGUUGAUCGCUUCAUGAUGAAUGGUGCGGAUCUCGAGAAGCACGCGGAACACACACUCAAAUUAUUUAACAUUCGAUAGUAAUCACCAAUGCCGAUCGUCAUGUGAUCGUGUGAAUAUUUUCUAUACUGAAAGAUUUGGUGCGCGACACGAGGUAGUCUUUUGAUCAGGACCACUUUUCCGCUUAUCAGCUCGAUGACGUUUCUCGAGGUCCUUCUGUUAAUUGGGUCCAACGUCAAAGCGGAACACAGCGCGGUACGAAGAUGUUUCAUAAACAAGAAGAAUCCGUGUCGAACCUCUCCAAACGAAGCAUCCUGUUCACAUCAUUUAUCUCAGGUGCUCUUGCAGGGAUUGUUUGUGACGUGACACUUUUCCCAUUGGACACACUUAAAACACGCUUGCAGAGCCAACAUGGGUUUUUUAAAUCCGGCGGUUUUAAACAACUGUACAAGGGCGUAGGUCCAGUGGUAUUAGGUUCAGCUCCAUCAGCUGCUAUAUUUUUUAUCACAUAUGAAGGAAUAAAACAGUAUUCGCAACCAUAUAUACCAGAUCAGUAUCACUCCAUUAUACACAUGGUCGCAGCAUCAUCUUCUGAAGUAACUGCCUGUUUGGUUCGGGUACCAGUUGAGGUAAUCAAACAGAGGAAACAGGCCCUCUUAUCCGAUACACAUCAAUUGAGAUUAAGAACAUUGUAUCGCGGUUAUGGUAGUACUGUUCUUCGAGAUUUACCGUUCGGCGUUAUUCAAAUGCCAUUAUGGGAAUAUUUCAAACUUUAUUGGACCCGACAAAUACAACGAGAAUGCACGCCCUUGGAAGGUGCUACUUGUGGAUCUGCAUCUGUCGGUAUAUCAGCUGCCAUAACAACACCAUUGGACGUUGCAAAGACUAGAAUUAUGUUAUCCAGCACAUCAGCAGAAAAAGAAGAAGUUAAAAUAUCAACAAUGUUGAGAGAGGUUUAUAGAGACCAUGGUAUUAAAGGAUUGUUCGCUGGUUUUCUUCCGAGAGUAACUGGCUUUACUAUAGGCGGAUUCAUAUUCUUUGGCGUUUAUGAACAAGCCAGAGAAUUUUGUAUAUCAUACUUUUCACAAUAGUCAUUAAUAGAGCAACAAAUUGUAAAAAAUUAAUUUAAAUUAUUUGAUAUAUUAACUCUCUUAUUUAACAAAGUCCUGCUGUGAUCAGUUCAAACAAAUAAUUAUAAAUUAAUAAAAUUGGUUAAAA